AUGGCGAAUAUGUUGAGUUCGACAUGGCGUUCCUUUUGGCAUACCAUGACCUCCUAUGACCGUCAUGCCUCCCACGACUCCCCCUACCGUACCGGGAGACACGUUCCUCUCAGUCAAAGUCGUCACGAACCCCUCACAUCCAUCGCAACCAGCGCAAUUGAGUCCCGCCCGGACCUCUCUAACCCCUACGAUGACGAGCCUACAAAAGGAUCUGCAACUGCACAAGCAUCCGAGUGGAAUACCUCCCCCGACGACUUGGGUUCUCCCACCCAACCCUACUCACCAGGGAUGAGGUCGGUCGCAUCUCAGAAAAGGCGAUCGAAUGAACAGGGCGAGGGUGCGCCAGAAAUUCAGAUGCAAAGUUUCCACGAUGGAGCGCCGCCGCCGCCGCCGGUCGCUCACUCCUGGAGGAAGAUCGAACGCUGGUUAGAAAGCAAUUAUGAGGAACUCCUUGACCAGCUCGGUGAAGGCUGUACCCAGAACGACAUCAAUGAAUUGGAGCAUGAGCUCGACUGCAGUCUGCCACUAGAGGUGCGGGAAUCGUUAAUGGUCCAUGACGGCCAAGAACGUGGCGGUCAACCCACCGGUGUUAUCUUCAGCGCCAUGCUGCUCGACUGCGAGGAGAUCGUUCAGGAAUGGCGGAACUGGAAAAAGGUCAACGACGAAUAUCUCAGCAACGCAACUACGAUGCAAAACCCACCCGCACCUAGCUCUGCGGCAAGCUCCUCCGCGGCCGGUCCGUCUCAGCAGCCCUCGUCCACAAUGUGGCAAGCAGACCUGCUCGAGCGUCAGGACUCCCAGCCUCCCGGUGCGGUUCAGAAAUCUUACGCAAACCCCGCUUGGAUUCCCCUCGCCCGUGAUUGGGGCGGCAACAACCUGGCCAUUGAUCUGGCACCUGGCCCUGCUGGAAAAUGGGGCCAGGUGAUUAUUUUCGGCCGGGAUUACGACUGCAAAUACGUCGUUGCUCGGUCGUGGGCUGGAUUCCUCGCGACUCUCGCCGAUGAUCUAUGCAGCGGCCACGUCAUUGUUGACGAGCAGACGGAUGAGCUGAAGCUGAAACCAUUCAAGAACCAAAAUGUGGAGCCCCCAUACCUGGAUAUCCUGCGGUGGAGGACGGAUCAGAAGUAUGGCCGCCGUGCACCUCGCCGGAAGGGCCCUGUGCCCAAUGGGCUGGGUGUGAACGCUUCAGGCAACCGGUCCAGUAGUCGUGAGUCCCCCUACGGCAGCCCCACGCGCACUGAAGAACGGGGCCGGUCGCCGCACCGUUUCUCCAAGAGUGGAAAUGCUCAGAGUCCCAAGACGCCAUUUGGCGUGUCCAGUCCUCUUGCACGCGUGACUGAGGAGACAACAAGUCCCGCUGUCACUGUAGGGCCCACAAUCUCCGAGGACGCUCAGGUAAACGACAAGGAGGCUCAUGCUGAAGAUCUCAUGGAGGUUGUAACCCCACAAAUCUCCAAUAAAGAGAAUGAAGGGUUCCCCAAGCCCAAUGAGCAGAAGGAAUCCGACAAGGCGGAGAAAAUUGAGAAAAUCGAGAAAAGCGAGAAGAUCGACUCUGCGGAGUCCCCAGCCGCCAUUGAGUCGGAGGUCCUCGGCGAAAUGAAGAACGUGGCUAUUUAG